AUGCGUUUCCAAAUUAGUGUAGUUCAAUAUAAAUAUGCAUGUAAGGUAAUCAUCGUUCUAUCUUGUGCUGUAGCACUAAAUGCUCAACCAUUUGGCGUAGGUCUUGGUCUGGGAAGACUAGGCUUAGGGUCUGGCCUUGGCCUAGGAAGGCUAGGUGGUCUAGGCAUGGGGGGAAUAGGUCUAGGUGGUCUCGGUAUGGGAGGGAUGGGCUUAGGUGGUCUCGGUAUGGGAGGGAUGGGCCUAGGUGGUCUCGGUAUGGGUGGAAUGGGGGGAGGCUACGCCAGCGGUGGCGGAUAUGGCGGUGCGGGUUAUGGCAGUGGCGCAAGUGGUGUCGGAAGCCAAGGCUACCAGAAUGCCGGAGCGGGUGGCUUUCACAACGUUGGUGCUCACAACAAUAGAGUUACAUCCAUAAACCAAGCUGAAGAUUCUGGUUUUAAUAACAUCGGCGGUGGAUCAACAAUGAACAAUGGCGGUUAUGCUGGAAAUGGAUUCAACGGGUUCCAGAACGGUGGUUCACAAUUUGGAAAUGGUUUUGGAUCCGGUAGCCAAGGCAUGAUAAUAUAA